AUGUCGAUUGAUAAAUUGGCAAUAACAACCACAACAACAGCGACGAAGGCGAGGGAGAAGACGGUGACAACAGCAGCAGCAACAACGGAAAUAAGACACAGAUUUACCUAUUUCAAAAAUAUAAGUCUAUCGUUAUUGACUCUACCGAUAAUAUUACUAUUGAUAAAAACUUAUUACUAUAGCAACUUUGCAACCAAUUCUAGAGUUUCACCAUACAUUAAUGUUGAAACGCUUGAUCUCACAGUUUCACAACAAAAUGAUCUCAAGCGAUUAGGUUUAACUCUAAAGAAACCUGUCCAGAUAACCACUAUUGAAAAAGGGAAACAAAUAAUACACGGAAGAUUUUUGCAUAUUACAGAUAUUCACCCAGAUCCGUUUUUUAAGAUUGGUUCCUCUUUUGAAGAUGCAUGUCAUUCUUCAAAAGGCACAGCGCAAAAAUAUGGCGAUGCCAUAUCUGGAUGUGAUUCACCAAUGAUAUUGAUGAACGAAACUAUAAAAUGGAUCGCGGAAAAUUUGAAAGACAAGAUAGAUUUCAUAGUAUGGACAGGGGACAAUAUUCGUCAUGAUAACGAUCGGAAUUUCCCAAGAACUGAAAAAAGUAUAUUUGAAAUGAAUGAUAAAGUUAGCCAAUUGCUAUACGAGACUUUCAAGAAAGAUAAUACACCUGAAUUACAAGUCGAUUUGAUUCCAAGUUUGGGGAAUAAUGAUGUUUUCCCCCAUAACUUAUUCAGUAUUGGACCGACUUUGCAAACUAGAGAAUUGUAUCAGAUAUGGCAAAAAUUUAUUCCACAACUGCAAUUGCAUAUAUUCAAUAGAGGCGCCUACUUUUUCAAGGAAGUUAUACCGGGACAAUUGGUGGUUCUUUCGAUAAACACUUUGUACUGGUUUCAGCUGAAUCCAUUAGUGGACAAUUGCGAUGAGAGGACAGAGCCAGGCUACAAACUCUUUGAGUGGUUGGGAUACGUUUUGAAAGAAAUAAGGGCAAGAAAAAUGAAGGUGUGGUUCUCGGGACACGUUCCGCCAAAUGAAAAAAAUUACGAUUUAACUUGCUUGAGAAACGUCGCUGCCUAUAAAUCUAUCAACAAGUCAAAGAAAAAAAAGAAGAACAACAACAAGAAUAAGACAAAAGCUCAAAGCACCCCGGCUCAAGACGAUUUGUUUCAAGGGGGAAGAAAAGGUUGUGAAGAAGAAGAAGAAGAAGAAGAAAACGACGAUACUAAGGCAUUAGGAGAAACUUCACUAUUCAAAUCAUUAGAGUCCAAAUUUGAUGAUGGUUUUUUCAGAAUUCAAGGCGGAGUUCCCAAAAACAAAGUCAAGUAUAUGGAAACAUUAAGAGAAGACCUUUAUGCGCCAAUAAAGGGUAAAAAGAAAUCAGGAAGAAAUGGAGAAAGAUACUCAAUAUCUUUCGUAUCAAGUUCAAUAGUACCGACAUUUAACCCGGGAAUUAGAGUAUGGGAAUACAACAUCACAAACCUUGCCAAAGAACUACCGACUGUGAAAUUUGAGCCAUGGGAUAAAUUCCUUUUUGAAGUAGAUGCUCUAAUCGAAAGACAAAGCAAGUACACCAAUAAAGAACAAGAGAGUUACCUUUGGGCCUUUGGAAGGAGUGACAAGACAUUUCCUUUGCCGAUGCCUAAAGAUGCUCCUCUAGGACCGGCUUAUGUCCCACAGACAUACACUCCUGAGAGGUAUGUCAACUAUUAUGCAGACUUGACGGCCAUAAAUAAAGGCACAAAGGAAUUUGGUUAUGAAAUAGAGUAUACUACAGACGAUCAAAAUUAUAACAUGCCCGUACUUACUACAGAAGAAUGGCUAAAAUUAGCUAGAUCAUUGGGUCGGCCAUUGAAAAAGGUUAAGGGUGAGAAUGAGAAGGAAAAUGGAAAGAAAAAGAAAAAGAAAAAGAAAAACCCCAAUCAUCGUGACGAUGAGUUAAAAAAUUUGGAAAAGUUGUGGACAAUCUUUUUAAAAGAUGCGUUUGUUAGUUCCGAUUACGAACAUACAGGUCUUGGUUAA